AUGAUAACGUCAUGACCUUAGCUCUAAAUAAUAUAGUCAAAUAGUUUUUAAAGGUAUAUUAUUAGUUAUAUUAUAACAUCGGUAUUGGUCGGUACAUAGGUACUCUAUUUUAUGUUGUGCAUAACCGAGUAAAGUAAUCGGUCGUGUUACCUAUCAUAUUUUAUUACACUUACUAGCAAUGCAGUUAUUGAUUUUAUUUACGCUUUUCCUUGUCGGAACUUUUGCCGGACCUUGCGGAAAUCGAAACACAGGAAAAUGCGGAUACGAGUCUUGUCACCCAAUCAAAGACGGCUAUAUAAAUGUGCAUUUUGUGCCUCAUUCUCAUGACGACGUCGGUUGGCUGAAGACAGUUGAUCAAUACUAUUAUGGCACUAAUAAUACUAUACAAUUGGCGGCCGUGCAAUUUAUUUUUGACUCUGUUCUCGAAGCUCUGUCUAAAAAUCCAGAUCGAAGAUUUAUUUAUGUGGAAACCGCAUUCUUUUGGAAAUGGUGGGAAAAACAAAACGAAGAAACCCAAGCAGCGGUUAAAGAUCUAGUAUCGUCUGGUCGUUUAGAAUUCAUCGGUGGAGCUUGGAGCAUGAAUGAUGAGGCAAAUGCUAACUACAUUUCCAUCAUAGACCAAUUCACCUGGGGUUUGAGAAAACUUAACGACACUUUUGGAGCGUGUGGGAGGCCUCAUAUCGGUUGGCAAAUCGAUCCUUUUGGUCAUACGAGACAAAUGGCAGCGCUGUUCACGUUAUUUGGUUACGAUGGUCUUUUCUUUGGUCGUUUAGACUACGAAGAAAAAUCGCAAAGACUAAGAAAUAAAACAGCUGAAAUGAUAUGGCAGUCAAGCCCUAACUUAGGUCGGUCGGCUGAUCUUUUUACUCACGCUCUGUACAACAUAUACGUUUCGCCUAAAGGGUAUUGUUUCGACAUAAAAUGCGCAGAAGAUCCUAUCGUUGACGACAAAGAGAGUCCCCUAUACAAUGUGGAAUGGAAGGGUGAGGGACUUAUUGACUGGAUUAAUAACCAAUCUAGCCAAUAUAAAACCAACAAUAUUAUACUAACUAUGGGUGACGAUUUUCAAUAUACCGCUGCUGGAAUAAAUUUUUAUAGUAUGGACAAAAUUAUUAAAUACAUAAAUUCGAAACAAUCGUCCGGAAGUAAAAUUAACGCUAUAUAUUCUACGCCGUCCUGUUACUUAAAAGCUGUUAACGAUCGCAACGAAACUUUUCCUACGAAAUCUGACGAUUUUAUACCAUACAAAAGUGAUAAACACUCUUAUUGGACGGGCUUUUUCACCUCGCGGCCAACCCAAAAGUAUUACGAACGAAGAGGUAACAAUAUUCUACAGACGUGUAAGCAACUCGCUGUGCAAAGUAUGGAGGGAUUUAAAUACGAAUCAAAAAUCACACCUCUUCGCGAAGCAAUGGGCAUAAUGCAGCACCACGACGCCAUAACUGGUACGGCUAAACAGCAUGUGGCGAACGAUUAUGCCAGAAUACUGAGUAACGGCAUACAUGAAUGCGUUGAAGCUACAUCAACUAUACUAUCGAGAAUUUCCGGUUUUACGAAAUCGAACUACACAACUUGUCCUUUGAUGAACAUCAGCGCGUGUGCCGUUUCUGAACAAAGUGACCAAUUUUUGGUGACUAUAUACAAUCCACUAAGCAGACCGAUAACUGAAUUUGCACGUCUGCCCAUUUCCGAUAAUGACUCGUACGACGUAAUAGAUCCUCAGAAAAAAAAACUCAUUACACAAAUAGUGCCUUUACCGAAAUCAGUUAUUGACAUACCUGGCCGAGUGUCAUCCGCAGUAGCUGAACUCAUAUUUGAAGCUACUAAUUUACCUCCGUUAGGCUAUAAAUCAUUUAUUGUCAGAAAAGAUCCCACCAAAAAAACUACAAAUGGUACGUUUACAAGAUCAGCACAACUAGAAAAUAAUUCAGUAGAUAUUGGCGAUAAGUGGUUUGGCUUAAAAAUCAACGCCCAAGACUCAAGACGUUACACAAUGUACGUGGAUGGACAAGAGAUACCAUUAACCCAAGAAUUUAUGUACUAUAAGAGCAUGGCCGGAAAUAAUUCAGAAGACGUCCACAGAGCCUCCGGAGCGUAUAUAUUCAGACCAAAUGGGUCGGCUUCGUCUAUUUGCGACCACUUGAAUGAGUCUAAAAUAUUUAAAGGACCUUUAGUACAAGAAAUUCAUACUACAUGUAAUAAUUGGACGAGUCAAGUAGUUAGAAAGUACAAAGGAGAUGAUCAUUUCGAAUUCGAAUGGCUCGUGGGGCCAAUUCCGGACAAUGACAAUAUUGGAAAAGAAGUUAUAUCUCGUUUCAAACUGUCGAAUUAUCAUAAUGACAAAACAUUCUAUACGGAUUCAAACGGCCGGGAAAUGUUGAAACGAGUUUUAAACUAUAGAAGUUCGUUCGAUUUAAAAGAAAACGUAGAAAACAUAUCCGGGAAUUAUUAUCCAAUUAAUUCACAAAUAAUGCUAACAGAUGGUCGGACUCGGUUUGCCGUUCUUAACGAUAGAGCUCAGGGUGGAUCAAGUCUCGACGAUGGGGAACUUGAACUUAUGGUUCAUAGGAGAAUGUUUUUCGACGACGAUUUUGGCGUUGGUGAAGCACUAAACGAGCCGGCGUAUGGAACGGGGUUGGUAGUUAGAGGCCAACAUUACUUGACUUUUGGUUCGGCCGAUAACCAGUUUGCAGUACAAAGACUGUUAGCUCAAAAAAAACUUAUUAGGCCACAAUAUUUGUUUUCAAAAAUAUCGCCGGCGGUCUCAUAUGAAGAAAUAAAAAGCACUACUACAUUGGAGUUUUCUGGUAUGAAAAAUGCUCUUCCGGAUAAUGUUCAGUUGUUAACUUUAGAACCCUGGAAAGAAGGGACUGUUUUACUCAGAUUGGAACAUAUUUUCGAGUACAAUGAAGAUAAAAAUUUAUCAAAACCAGUCGUUAUAAAUGUUCAGGACUUAUUUACAAAGUUCCGCAUAGUAUCGCUAAGAGAAACUAUUCUUGGUGGAAAUCAAUGGUUGUCACAACACACUAAGCUGUCAUGGAGGACCGAAGACAAUACUAUUGUAAAAGAAGAAAUACCAAUCAGCAAUAACGGCGAGACAACUGACCCAAAACACAUUUCGUUGACACCAAUGCAAAUAAGAACACUUGUUGCUGAAAUUGUCCCAGCGUACUAAUGUGCACUAUGUAAAAUUUAUAGUUAAAGUUUAUUUUUUUUUUUACAUAUUUUAGUCAUAGAUAUCUAGUAAAUUUGUAUCCAUAACUUUAAGUAAAAUUUAAUAGUUUUAAUUACCGGUUUCAACAUUUUUUUCAAAUUUUAUAUAGUUAAGACUAUUUUUUGUACUUAUAAAAAUAAAAUGAGAACUACCUAUCAGAUA